AUGGUAGCACAAACACUGGCAACACAGGUUAUAACAGAGCGGGUGAUGCUGGUUACGGAUACGUUUAACACCGGCAACACUGGUUACAACAAUAUUGGCAACACUGGUUACAGCAACAUUGGCAACACUGGUUACAGCAACAACGGCAACACUGUAUACGCUGACUACGAGUAUGGCGGUAUGGUGGAUAUGGUGGGAGGUAUGGCGGCCUACGGCGGGCGGGCGUACGGUGCGCGGUCCGGCGGCGGCGGCUAUGGCGGCCGGCUAUGGACGGCGCGUAUGCGUGGAUAUGGCAACAGAGACUAUGGCUUCGGUUACGGCCUCUGGGAUAUGCAACGUGGCCUAGUGGCGAACUCUGGCUACAGGGCGAAUUGGAUAUGGCCAGUGGACUUGGCAAUGUUCAACACGGGUUAUGAGGCGUUACCGAGGCAUUCUGGAUACGGAAAUGUUAACGGCCGGGUUACGGCAACCCGAACAUUGGUUCAGGUAACCGGCAACAACGGCAACACUGGAUACAAUAACAUUGGCAACACUGGUUACAGCAACAUUGGCAACACUGGUUACAGCAACAACGGCAACACUGGAUACAAUAACAUUGGCAACACUGGUUACAGUAACACCGGCAACACUGGAUACAACAACAUUGCAACGGUUCAGUCAAGUGGAUAUCCACCAUGCAGCGUAUUAGUAACCCAUACAGUCUACCACCAGCCCGUACGAAUAAAGAGUCAUGAUAAGGGGACGUCACAUAUUCAUGCAUAUCCAAUCUACGAUGACUACGGAUAUGGCGGAUAUGGUGGAUAUGGGGGAGGAUAUGGCGGCUACGGCGCGGCUAACGGUGCGGGUCACGGCGCGCGGCGGCUAGGCGGCGCCUAUGGCGGCGGCUAUGGUGAUAUGGCAACAGAGGAUAUGGCAAUUCCGGCUACGGGCAACUCUGGAUAUGCAACCAGUGAUAUGCAACUCUGGCUACGGCAACUCUGGAUAUGGCAACAGAGUGGAUAUGGCAAUGUAAACACGGGUUAUGGAGGCGUUAACCAGAGGCAAUUCUGGAUACAGGAAAUGUUAAGCGCGGGUUACGGAGGUACAGCUGGCACACCGGUUAUGGCAAUUCCAACACAGGAUAUGGCAAUUCCAACACAGAUAUGCAAUUCCAAACAGUGGUUAUGGCAAUUCCAACAUAGGUUAUGGUAG